AUGAAAGCGUUACUCGAGGACCUAAUUAAAAACCAAGUGCUUGGAGAAGUCAUCGCAUACACAGCCAUGAAGGAGGACCAAAAAAGGGGCUUGCCACACGUCCACAUCCUACUCAUCAUGGCAGAGGCAGACCGUCCUAGAGAACCAAAAGACAUUGACGAAAUAGUCUCUGCAGAAGUACCUGACAAAACAGCCAAUCCACAACUCUAUGACAUUGUCACAAGACACAUGAUCCAUGGACCCUGUGGUGUGAUCAACCCGAACAGCCCCUGCAUGCAAAGUUCCAAUAACGUUCAAUCCUGUUCCAAGAACUAUCCUAAAGAAUUCCGUGACACCACAAUAUUCGCUGAUGGUCUGUAUCCCCUCUACAAAAGGACAUCACCAGAAAAUGGUGGUAGUGUACAUGCUAUGAAAGUAAGAGGCCAGGAAUUCACUGUCGACAACAGAUGGGUAGUACCCUACAAUCCAUUCCUAAGCUUGAAAUACAAUUCACACAUCAAUGUUGAAGCUGUAAUCGAUGUCAGCUGCGUUAAGUAUCUGUAUAAAUAUACAUGUAAGGGAUCAGAUCGAGUCAUGAUGGCAAUAGGAUCUUCCAAUGCCCCAGACAAUCCAAACGAUCAGAUACAGGGAUUCAUCAAUGCCAGAUAUGUUGGUGCUUCUGAAGCAUACUCGAGAUUGUACGAAAUCAGCAUCCUAAACGAAUAUCCACCAGUCGCAAAACUGCCCCUCCACAUAGAAAACGAGCAGACGAUACUUUUCACUCCAGAAGAGGCCAGACACAAAGCCAAUCAGCCACCACCAGAAACAAAACUAACGCAAUUCUUGGAACUGAAUAAGGCAAACCCACAGGACCGCACCAUACUCUACCCAAAUGUUUUCCAAAAUUACACUUGGACCUCUGGCAAGUGGGUCAAAAGAAAAAGAACACUUAGUAAAAUCAAAACCACCACGGAUGAUAGCAAAUCUGAUAUGAUCGGAAGAAUUCCUGUCAUCAACCUCAAUCCUCACCAGUCGGAAUUGUACUACCUUCGCAUGCUUCUCCACCAUAUACCAAGUCCAUAA